AUGGCAUGGCAGCAACUGGUCGCGAGGCAGGGGUCAGCUGGCGGGGACGCGAGCGGAGCAGGUAGCAGCGUGCUGGUGGCUGCUGGGGCGUGUGACGGCGGUGGCGGAGCCAGGAGCAGCAACAGCGUGAAGCGGCUGGAGCUGGUCGCGCGUUGCAGGUGCAAUCUUCUUCCCUUUGGGGGCCGUCAUCUUAAAAGCCUGUUAAAAGCCAUACCUUGUUCAAGCCCUCGUGCUCCGGCGCUACUCUCCGCCCUUAUUGGACUGCCUUUUCUAAGGGUCGGCUUUGAUAUCACUUGGGCAAAUGGUAGUUCAAAACAGAGCAGAAGCGAGAAGAAAAGUCGCAAGGCAAUGCUGAGGCUGGGCAUGAAACCAGUUACAGGUGUCAGCAGGGUCACCAUUAAAAGAACUAAAAAUAUUUUAUUCUUCAUCUCAAAACCGGAUGUCUUCAAAAGUCCAAAUUCUGAGACCUAUGUCAUUUUCGGGGAAGCAAAGAUCGAGGAUUUGAGCUCUCAACUGCAACAACAGGCAGCUCAACAGUUCAGGAUGCCAGACAUGGGGUCUGUAAUGGCAAAGUCCGAUACUUCUGCUGCUGCUACUGCUGCUGCCGAAGCACAGGCAGACGAGGAAGAGGAAGACAUCGAUGAAACUGGUGUGGAGGCUCGUGACAUUGAUUUGGUGAUGACUCAGGCAGGAGUAUCAAAGGGCAAAGCUGUGAAGGCUCUCAAGACAAACAAUGGAGACAUAGUCAGUGCCAUUAUGGAGCUCACCAACUAA